AUGGUUGAACCGACGAAGUAUAUGCUACGCAUGGUGUAUUUCUACUCGCGGCUUCUUGGCGUCCUCAACUUUGAUAUUGAUGUGACAACGGGUCGAGCGCGCAUCACGCGGCGAGCAUCGAUAUACGCAGCUUUAGCAAAUGUUGUGCUCUUCAGCUUUUUUAUCUUGUUGAGUAAAAGUGAGCUAAUGGAGACGAUGUGGUCCAAAGCGGAUGUGCUACACGAAUACCUCUACCUGGUCAUCCACGUGACGCGAGUGAGCUGCGUGCUGGUCACUUUGCUCAGUCGCUGGUGGCAGCGCCAGCACCUGAUUAAACUAAUAAAUGAGCUCAGUCGAAUGGCUUGGCGGAAACCUGAAGUUAUGACAAUGUGGCGACGAAGAGUUAUUAUGAAAUGCGUGAGCAUUUUUAUGUCGGAAGUCUCUCAAGUCGUACUAACCCUAGUUUUCUUCCAAAACUACAUGACAAUUUACUUGGCCAUCAGCAUUGGUCUCUUGUAUACGCUGACAGCCUUAGUCAAUGUCAUCAUCUCACAUAUCUACUUUAUAAAUCUGAAUGUCUAUUGUCACUACUGUCUGCUCAAUCAAGAGAUAAGGGCAGUGUUCGCAGAGGCCCAAUCCCUGGAGGCUGAACAUAGUGAGGCUGCUCGCAUGAGAAGAUGCUGCCAUCUGGCCGAGCACUUGGAUGGCAUAGCCCGAACGCAAUCUCAAUUGCAAAACCUUCUACAAAGUACAGCUCGCAUCUUCGGUAUUCAGAGCCUGUGUGUAGCCGCCAUUCUUUACAGUUCCGUGAUGGCUACCAUAUACUUUAGCAUUGUUGGCUACAACGGCGUGAAUAUUUCUUCCAGUUGGAACUUAACAAACGUGCUUCAGUUUUUCGAAACCACCGUCUACUUUGCGGAUAUUCUGAUUACCAUGGACAAUCUUUAUAUUAUUCUAGAUGUUCAUGCAGAAAUGUUGACCUUGCUACAACAAUUCGCCACACUGGCACCGGGCCUAGAUGAGCGCUUUGAGGUGGUGUACGAAAGCUUUCAACUGCAACUCGCGCGCAACCCACUAAAAUUGAAGCUCUUUUAUUUCUAUAAAAUGGAUCGGUCGACAGCAGUUGCCAUGCUCAGCUCAAUAGUGACUCACUCCCUGGUCCUGGUUCAAUAUAAACUACAAAAUAGCUAA